AUGGAUUUUCAAGCAAUCGAUAAGGCAAUGUAUGGAGAUGUAGAAAAUGAUGAUGAGUUGAUGGCAGAAUUGCUAGCUUUGGAAGCAGAGGAACGAGCUGCUGGACGUAUGCCUAAUAUCUCAACAGUGAUGAAAACGAUUCUAGAUAAGCAAGAACCUGGUUCACAAGAUUCUCGACAAUUAAAUGGGGUAUAUGGUAUUUCAAGUUUAUCAGAUGAAGAUUCUGGUGAUGAAAAGGCAGUAUUAGAAGAUGAUCCCGAAUUAUUGGCAGAACUAAAUGAUUUGGUGAGAGAAGAAAAUUUGACUUCUACAGCUGGUUCUGCUCAAGAACCUAUAGCUGCUGAACUACCCAUUCCUUCAAAAUCUUCACAUACUAGUGUUGUUGAAACAGCAAUGUUGUCUACACUACAAGAAAGAAAACAAGAGUAUAGUGAGGCGCUUAAAACUGCUCAACAGAAGAAUUAUUCAUUACGUGUCAGAAGGUAUCAGAGAGGACUGGAUAAAAUUGAUGAAUUGAUACGAAAAGUGCAAGAAGGUAAGGCAGUAGAUGAAAAUGACUUUCCAGUAGCACUGAAACCGGCUUCCUGUGUUGAAACUCCUAUAAAAUCCGAAGCAUCUCAAGUAAUUCCCAAUCGGGAAGUAAUACCAUCAGAUUCUGUUGCACCAAAGCAGAUUGCUUCUGAAAAAACCAUUAAACCAGAAAACAGUUCAGCCAUUGAAAAAACUGUCAAGGGUUUAUUGAAAGGAGAGCUGUUAAAAACAGAGUUAAGAAUUCGGCGGGAAUCAUACAUCAAAAACGCCAAGGAAGCCAGUGCUUUGGGUGACAAAAAAACAGCCUUUGAAUAUUACACAGUAGCAAAGCAGUUUGACGAAGCAAUAAAAGCAGUAAAUGAUGGGCAGGUUACGGAAUGUCAAGAAAGUGAACUUCCGCCUCUAGCUCUUCCUUACGAGCCAGUCAAGUGUGAACUAAUACCUCCACCUCCAAAAACUUUAUUGGAAGGGUUGGAGCAACGUAUGCGAAAAUACAAAACUUUAUGUGAUGAAAAUCUAGCUCAGAAUAAUGAACGAAAAUACAGAAUGAAUGCACGUAUUUUAAAACAAUAUGAAGAAGCAGUCAAGGCAUGUCGACUAAAUAAACCGAUUGAUGUAAGUGAGCUGCCAUGUCCUCCUGGAUAUCCACCUCUUCCUUCAUCACGAAACGCUAUGUCAACUGCCACGAGUAAUUUUAUUUAUUUUUUGAACGAAUUAGAAAAAGUGUCAUCACGAAAACCACUUCCUUCAGUAGGCCCAUUAGCCGCAUCCGAACCAUCUGUAUCUGGAAAGCAGUGGCGUCAAAAACAGCAACUUGAAUUUUUGCUAAAGCGUCAACUGCAGUUCAAGCAGGCUGCUAUUGUCGCUAAGAAAAAAGGUGAUGUCAUCUCUGCCAAAAAAUUCUUGCUCGCAGCAAAGGGAUUCGAUAAAAUGAUUAUUGCUUCAAAGAAUGGGCUACCAGUCAAUAUCGAAAAAACGCCUGUUCCACCGCAAGCACAAGCAUCUGCUAAGAUGCUAAAGCCUUCAUUGAAUCAUGGUACAAGUUUUGAUGCUGCUAUCAAAGGUACACCUUCCGAAGUAUUUGCCAUUAUGGAAAAGGAUCUUAUUGGUCAAGUGAAAUUUUGUGAAGAAAACAGGCUCAUUUUUACACGGUUGGGUGAUGUUACCCGUGUAAAAAUGUUCGAAGCCUGGUCUACUGUGUCAAAAAGAGAUUUAAUACUUUUGCGUGAACUUGCGAACAGAGGUGCAGUUAUUCCAAAGUUUCGCUACGAGACACGAGACAUACCUUCAGUUGAAGUACACAUGGAAAUAGAUGAAAAUAUUAUGGAAUUGACUAUAAUGAGAGUAACAGAUGCACGACUACCGGCAGGAUGGAAACCUUCUGAUGGUUAUUUAUUUGUGAAGUACAAUUUUUCGUUUCCUCAUGAUGCUCAUCAAAUUGGAAAAACAAAAGUUGUGGCUGCUACUAAUUCACCAGAAUAUAACCAACAAUUUUUGCUCACAAUCAAUCGAAAAAUGAAGCAACUGCAAAGAGUAGUCAGAAGAAAUUGUUUAAAGUUUGAGAUCUAUCAUAAAGGUGGAUUUCUACGGAGUGAUAAAUUAAUCGCUACUGCCGAUUGUAAGUUAAAUGCUUUAGAAGAAAAGGCGUGUAUUCAGAAAAGCAUUGAUUUAAUGGAAGGCCGAAAGCAAACGGGAGGAAAACUUUUGUACAUGAUACGUAUUCGAGAACCAUUGGGUGACAAGAAACUUACCUUAGAGCAAAAAAAGUGGUUAAUAUUAGAAUCAUAA